AUGACUGCUGCACUCAAUUUGACCCAACUUUCGCCUUCACUCUUUCUUUCCCGCCCAUCCGUCAAAGAUGAUAUCCCUGAUUCGACGGCUCCAAAGCUUAUCUUCCUAGCCACUUGGAUGAACGCACGAGAUGUACACAUCGCCAAAUAUAUCAUCCGCUAUCAGACUCUCUACCCCACGGCGCACAUUCUCGUGGCCACAUCGUCGUUCCGCUACUACUUCAGCCCCCGUUCCGCCCGUCGUGAAGUUGCGCCUGCUGUUAAAGUAAUUCGCGAUGUCCUCGGAGACGAUACUAGCAAAGGUUCCGAACCUCGCAUGUUGAUACACGUCUUUUCGAAUGGAGGCUCAUGCGUGCUCUACCACCUCUACGAUCGAUAUGCUAAGGCAAGCAGAGAACGAUCUUCAACCUCUGAACACGAGCGCCUCCUUCCAUCACACGUCACUAUCUUCGACUCAGUCCCAGGCCGCUGGAGCUACAAAGGAUCAACACAAGCCGUACUUGCCGCUGUUCCUGCUGGAUGGGCGCGCAAGUUAGCCAUCCCGCCAGUCCACAUACUGGGUUCUUGCUGGGUCGUCAAGUACAUCCUGCUUAGAGUGCCCGAGGAAACACACGUAUGGGGAGGAGCACAUAAUGAUCCGGCUCGGGUGCGCGAGACCUGCCGCGCAUACGUCUAUAGUGAGACCGAUCAGUUUGUUCAAUAUCGUGCUGUGGAAAAACAUGCCGACGAUGCUGAAACCAAAGGCUUUGUGGUCGUGCGCCGUGAUAAGUUUCCGAAUAGUGCGCAUGUCGCUCAUGCCCGAUCCAACCCUGAUCGUUAUUGGUCUCUGGUCAAGGAAACCUGGGAGGCAGGUCAAAGACAAGAUGAAAAGCUGCCUGCAAACUUGUAA